AUGGCAGCUACAGGUGCGCCUCAGCGAUGGAAACAUCUAUACAGCGUCCUGACUAAGUCUGGACCCUUCAGCGAUGAAGAUUGGGUCCCUGGGCAAGAGACGAUAAGUGCUUUAGAGUCAUCGAAAAUUUUAGGAGCUGGAGGUCUAGGAUGUGAGAUACUCAAGAACCUGGCAUUAUCAGGUUUCAAAGACAUUCACGUCAUUGACAUGGAUACCAUCGAUAUUUCCAACCUAAACAGACAAUUUCUAUUUCGCCAGUCAGACAUAGGCAAGCCCAAAGCUGAGGUUGCUGCUGCCUUUGUAGAAAGACGAGUCAAGGGAGUUAAGAUCACUCCCUAUGUAGGAAAGAUUCAGGACAAAGACGAAGAUUACUACAUGCAAUUCAAGAUCAUCGUCUGUGGUCUUGAUAGCAUCGAAGCCAGACGAUGGAUUAACUCGACCCUGGUCGGAAUGGUCGAUUUCGAGGAUCCAGAAAGUCUGAAGCCGCUCAUCGAUGGCGGAACAGAAGGAUUCAAGGGACAGGCGCGUGUAAUUCUACCCACGCUUUCCUCUUGUAUCGAGUGUCAGCUUGACAUGCACGCGCCGCGACCGGCCGUCCCUCUUUGUACUAUCGCAACCAUUCCGCGCCAGCCUCAACACUGCAUCGAAUGGGCUCAUCAGAUCGCCUGGCAGGAACAGCGCAAAGAUGACGCAUUCGACAGUGACGACAUGGAGCACAUUGGCUGGGUCUACAAUGCUGCUCUGGAGCGGGCGAAGCAGUUUAAUAUCCCCGGCGUCACUUUCCAGAUGACUCAGGGAGUCGUCAAAAACAUUAUUCCAGCUAUUGCCUCAACCAAUGCCGUGAUCGCAGCCGCGACUACCUCCGAGGCAUUGAAGAUUGCCACAUCGUGCAACCCUUACCUUGAGAACUAUAUGAUGUAUGCGGGCGAAGAGGGCGUGUACACUUACACCUUCGAGGCGGAGAAGAAGCCAGACUGCCCGGUGUGCGGAAAUCUGGCACGCAAAUUGACUGUGAACCCGAAUAUGACGCUCGAAGAAUUCAUCGAAACCCUUGGAGAACGGCCCGAGGCUCAGCUGAAGAAGCCUAGUAUGAGGACGGAGGAGAAGACACUCUACCAACGGUUCCCGCCGCAGUUGGAGGAACAGACUCGCGCUAAUCUGAAGCUCAAGCUGAAAGACCUGAUCGAAGACGGUCAGGAAAUCGCAGUCAGUGACCCGGCGUAUAUCAUCGACUUCCGCUUCCGACUGGCGUUUCAAUAG